AUGUUCAAAUUGUUGGUUGGCGUUUCAAUGGCAGUUGGUGCCAAUCAGUUGUUGUCCUGUGAUAAUCCUCUCUCGCGAAGAAUGCAUGCGGACGAAGGGAAGGAAGCAUGGGUUGAUAUUUUCGCCAUUCAAUUGACAAAGAAAGUUAUUGUUAUGGCCGAUGAAAAGAUUUCCAUUCCCAAAUAUUGCAUCGAAAAUAAUCAAAACGAUCUUCUCGAUGAUAAUAAUGAAAAUUCUAAUUUAAAUCGUGAUGAUGCUGAUGGGAGUGAUUCCGAUGAAACUUCUUCCAAUGAUGAUCACGAUUCUAUUGUAAAUUUAUCAAUCGAUCAAUUCGUACGAGGAAUGAAAUCAGGCUCCAUCCGUUAUCAUUCAUUACCUCCCAUACGAGUCAUACAUCACGGAGCUCGUUACAUUUCUGUUCAAGGUAGCGAUGCCUAUGUGUAUGCAUUACGGCAACUAGUGCAAGAAGAAUUGCCAUUUCGGGAUUUGAAAUUUAGAGCAAUCAUUCUCAAAGAAGCCUUCGCUCGCGUUCAACUCACGAGUUUACGGGAAAAGUCUCAAGAUUCAAUAGAUAAUAUUGUAUUAUACGAUUUGUCACAGGUUCAGUUAGUUAACGAACGACCACAAGAUUCCGAGGAGGCAUACAAGUCCAUUUAUCCUGAUACUAUAAGCAUUGGUCAUGUGCAACCCAUCAUUCCAAAUAUUGAAGAGUAUUUAGAUGAAUCACGAAAAAACACACUAUUGCAGGUCAUGCUGCAAUAUGAACCAGGAAAGUACAAACCACUGGAAGUUUGUCAUGACCAAGGUGUAUUUUACACAUGUGAUAUUGAACUAUUUUCAAUUUAUAAGGAUAUUGUCGAUCAGAGAAAAACACUUGGAAUCAGGAAUGAGCUCAUGAUACCAGUGAAUCAUUCUGACCUCAAACUUCGAGAGGUUAAAUUAUUAUUUCUCAAAUCUCACUUUCGAAAAUUUCAACAACAACAAUCUCCAAAGAACAAUCUCACAAACACGGAACAAACCAACAACGAUCAGCAUUCACUGUCUUCCAUAGAAACAUCCGAAAUGGUUAUAAACAGCAGUAAUAUGGCUACUGCUCAACCCAGUGAAGUCAACGAAUGCAUGGUUUGCAUGGAGCAGAAUAAGGAUUGUGCCUUGAAUUGUGGCCAUGUCUACUGUAAUAGAUGUGCCUACGCAUUGAAACGAUGCCCAAUGUGUGACUCGGUAGUGUCAACCAGACUCAAGCUUUACUUGUAA